AUGGCUGCCGAAUCGCCUAGCGGCGAUCACUGGGCGGCCGAUGUGACAGAGGACGGAUUAGAUUCCAACGAGCCAAUGAGCCUUGCUCUUCCUAUCUCGGUCGAUCUUUGCCAGGAGGAAGCUGACCCAAAUGAGCAUGGGGAAGUUCCACGGGUGGGCGAGAAGUUAGAACCGACCAUGGCCCAAGCCGAGAGAAAAGACAGUGAAGUGCCGGCAGAUGAAAACCCACUCGCACUGCGGACUCGGGAUUCAAAUGUUUACUGGCGGGAAGCUUGCGGUCUUGUAUCGAAGGAGCGAUUGCGAUACUGCGAUGAAUUAUUUGUGUUCUAG